CUUAUAACUUGCAACCCUCACAUUCUACCAACAGAGGAAGUCUUGAAUUUCUGGAGCUGGGAAAUGGAAACAAGCAAUGAAACUGCUCCCAACGACAUAGAAAACCAGUACACCCCAUUAGCAAAUUCGAUGAGAAAAGAGUUCACCACCCUGUCUCCCAUGUCCUCUUCAUGUUGUAUCUACAGAGUUCCUGAGCGUAUACGGUGUGUGAAUGAAAAGCUAUACACGCCUCAGGCUGUCUCGAUAGCCCCGCUUCACCAUGGCAGGAAAGGCUUAAACCCCACACUGGACGAGCACAAACAGAGAUACCUGAAAGAUUUUAUGGAUCGGACCAAAGUAAGCCUGGAGGACCAUAUAAAGACAAUAAAGGACCAAGAAGAGAGGUUGAGAUGUUGUUAUGCAGAACCUAUUAAGUAUAAUAGUGAUGAUUUUGUAAGAAUCAUUCUAGUGGAUGCCGCAUUCACUAUCGAGGUCCUAUUGAAGGACAGAUACUAUGAAUUGGUCGACGAAAAUGAUCGCAUAUUGAACAAGCCAUGGAUGUUACUGGACAUAUGGAAAGAUAUGUGGUUGAUUGAAAAUCAGCUGCCAUUGUUCAUUCUUGAGGAUCUUUUUGAAGCAUGCAAAACUUCACUCCCUUCUAGUUCUCACAACAUUACUUCAAUAAUUAGUCUUUCUUUCGAGUUCUUCAAACAUCUACUGCCGGUGGAGAAAUUAGAUGACAACAUGGAGACUUCCAAAUCAGUGGCACAUUUUGUUCCUGGUAUUCUGCACUAAGAUUCCAUCUUGCUCCUGGUAUUCUGCACCCCAUAUCUCCAAGACAGACAAUGUGUGAUCACCAACUACAAUUGCCCGGAUAUCAUUCUGGCCGCCCUUGGGGUACAUAAUUUCCUUAAUUUGCAGACCAUAUUCUCCUUCCCCCCUUUCAAUAAAUCCAGGGGGUUGAACCAUGUAAAUGUCUUCUCGAAGAUCACCAUUGAGGAAAGCCGUUUUAACAUCCAUUUGAUGCAACUCCGGAUCAAAGUGUGCACAAC